GGAAGGGCGAAGCCUGGGUGUCCGGGCGCUCACAGCCAUGCUGUGUCAGCAGUGGGGGUGCAGGUGGGCUCAGCCCUGCACCCUGCUCCUGCUUCUCUUAGGUCCCCAGCUCGUAGUGACUUAUGGCUGGCAACCCCAAGGGGAAGGGAAUGGUCAAGACCAAGCAACCUUGGAGCUUUACUUCCCUGCCACCGUGGAGUACGCCGUACACGUAUUCAACCAGAGGAGCCAGGACAGGAAUGCCUACAAGGUGGUGCGCAUCCUGAGGUCGUGGAAGGAGCCGGCAAAUGGCAUUGUGUUCUCCACGGAGCUGCAGCUCGGCCGAACCAGGUGUGGGAAAUUUGACGAAGACAUUGACAACUGUCCAUUUCAAGCAAGUCCAGACGGGAACAAUACCAUCACCUGCUUCUUUACAAUCAACACUGAACCCUGGAGAACAAAGUUUCAACUCCUGAACAACACCUGCUCGGAAGGCUCCCCUGACUGAGACCACGUACCAGCCUGGGCUCCGCCGUCCUCCUCCUGGGCACCAGUGACGCCCUGUCGUGGCCCUUCAGUGGCUGAGCAGCUCUGGUUCUGUCCUCUGUAUGAGCAGGUGUCUGGGUGUCACAUCCGGGCAAUGUGGACAUUCCUCCCUGUCAUUUCCUCCCGUAGA